CGGAAAUCGGACUGUGCUCUGUAUGGGGAAUGCACAAGGAGCGAAGAGGCGGGAGGGCUGUACAGGUAAGUGCUGUAAAUGACUAUUUACAAUCUAAUCUGUGUUGGACUUGGAUAUGGCAUACAGUGACUCUCGAGAAAUUCUGGACCCAGAUCGUGGAAUGGAGGAUGUGAGUUUGGCAGCUGGCAGGAGCCAGAGGGAGAAGAAGAGAUCAUACAAGGAUCUUUUACGUGAGGAAGAAGAGAUUGCCGAACAAGUCCGUAAAUCUUCUAAAAAGAGAUCCAAGGACACAGACUUUACGCUUUUGCCAUCAGAUUCUCAUAAGAAGAAAAAGAAGCAUUCCUCUGAUGAUGCAUAUUUCCCAGAAUUAUCUUCAGAUGUGAAGAAGAAGAAGAAACAUACUCUUCCCAGCUCCUCUUCUCCAUCCUCAGAUACAGCUAUGGAUCUGCUCAACUCAAUUUCUUCCCCUGUAGUUUCUUCAAGCAAACACUCCUCCAAAAAAAAUGAGAAGAUACUGGCGUCCCCUGUUGGCCUUCAGUCUUCAGUCCAAGUAACCCGGAAAGAACAUCGUAAAAAGGGUGGAGAGGACACUGUUGAGGAUCUUUCCCACAAAUCAAAAAAACCCAAGCCUCUUACUUUGCGUGAGCCUGAAGGUUUAAAGAUGAAACUAAUUAUUUCCCCCAAAGAGAAGACAAGUGAACGACCGCUUCCAACACAAGAAAAUCCAUUAUGUAGUGACAAAAGUUCUUCCAAAAAGAGCAAGAAAUCUAAGGAUGAAACCGAGAAGAGCAGUCACAAGAAACACAAAAGAGAAAGUCAUACACCACGGCAUGCUGGCACUCCAGAUACAGCAUCUUCUUCUGGAGGGGAACUUGAGGCUGGAGAACUUGUGAUUGAUGAUUCCGUUCGAGAAACGAAGAAGAAAAAGAAAUCUAAAAAGAGUAAAAAGAAAAAAGAUAAACACAAGGAGGACAAACACAGAAAACACAGCAAGAGCAAGAGGGAGCAUGGAUUAGAGAGUUCAAAGCCCAUAGCACCUUCUGUACUCCCCUCAUCACCAAAUUCUAGAGCUGCAACAUCCUCUCCCCCACCAUUACCAAGCCCGCCAGCCACAGCACUUCUGCCAACACCCGUUGUCUUGUCUCAUCCUGAAGGAACAACAGACAAGAAAAAGAAGAAGGAAGAGGCAGAAAAGCAGCCUAAGAAGAAAAAUAUGUCUGCAUAUCAAGUGUUCUCUAAAGAGUAUCGAAGCAGCAUUAUAUCAGAACAUCCAGGCAUUGACUUUGGAGAACUUAGUAAGAAGUUGGCUGAAGUGUGGAAACAACUGCCAGAAAAGGAUAAACUUGUCUGGAAACAGAAGGCUCAAUAUCUUCAACACAAGCAAAACAAAGCAGAGGCCACUACUGUGAAACGCAAGCCUAGCCCAUCAGAAUCUACUUCAAAGAGCAAAGGUUCACCUUCAUCCUCCAGCCUCCCUUCACCUCACAAGAAGUCCUCAAGUAGUACUGUGUCUUUCUCUUCUUCACCUGCCAAAGUCCCCGACACAGAACCAAUCGAUGUGGCAGCUCAUCUCCAGCUAUUAGGGGAGUCAUUGAGCCUGAUUGGACAUAGACUACAAGAAACUGAGGUGAUGGUCAGCAAAAACCCUGGCAUGGUUGCUGUAUCUGGUAGUCUUUCGGUUCUUUUGGACUCUGUGCUCUGCGCCCUGGGUCCCUUGGUUUGCCUCACUAGCCACGUUCCGCAGCUGAAUGCAUGUCCCAAGCAAGUAUUGUCCAAUACUUUGGAUAACAUCGCCUAUGUGAUGCCUGGCUUGUGACUGCAAGAGGAGGAGUGACACGCAACACAGAGAACACAUUUUCUAUUUGUACAGUACUGUAUGAUAUGUAUAAAGGAUGUGGAUUGUUUUGUAACAUUUUGUAAUUUUAGUACCAUUUCUACAGAAAAAUCAAUUUUAUGGGGAAAAAAAUGUUUU